AUGACGGACCUUACAGAUAUCGCCCACCGAGCCGAAAAGGACCUAAACAGCUAUCAAAAGAAGCAAGGUGUUGGCCAACAGAGCGUAUCAGCUACUGAAUCCGGUGUCAAUGAGCACGUUGAAAGAGACUUCCCCGGCGCUGAAGUCCGUUACGGAAACGAUGUCAGUACUGGUGGCAGCGGUAGUAGGAAAAUUCCACCCCGAGAAGGUGGUGACUUCGAUGCGCGAGGGAGAAUGACGGAGGCAAAGCAUUUUGAAGGCCCCGGAGGUCCGGAAGACAAGAUGAAAAUAGUUCAGGAACGACGCCCUGGUGAUGAUGGAGUUCCUGUACAGAGGACUAAUUUCUAG